GACAAAGAAAGGAUGGUGCAGCUAUUCAAGAUGCAGUGAAUGAGGUUGACCCUUUAGACUGGCCCUCAACUGAAGGUAAUGCUGUUAAUGAGUUUAAAACAGAUGGUUUGGCAAGCAUGGCAUUUCCAACACUAUUUCCCCAUGGGAAAGGUGACCCAACAAACAGAGUCAGGCAGCAUGAGGAAAGUUUGGCAGAGGCAUUCAAACACCUGAUGAAGUUUGCAGAGAGGCUGCCAAAUGUGGCCAGACUUGCAAAGACUAUUGCAAAGUAACGAGGGGGCAUCAAGAACAGAAAGAGCACAAGCAGUGAUAGACAAUCCACACCUGACAGAUUGGUUUUUCAUGCAAAGGCUACAGAAGUUCAUCAAACAUUGGCUUGAAGGUGUCUUGGAUGCUGAAUGGUUUUGGUAUAGGUUUGAAUACCAGGCCAGAGGAAGUAUACAUGCUCAUGGAUGUGCUAAAUUAAAGAAUGAUCCAGAUAUUCGAUUAUUACGUAAACGUGCAUGCCAAGCAGUGCUUGAGAAAGAGAAAGAAAAUGAAAUGUCCCCUGACGAUUUUGAAUUCUCUUGCCAGGAAAUUGUCAGAGAGGGUGAAGAUGCGGAGAGAAAGCUAAUUAGUUACGUUGACUGGCUUGUGACCACAGUUAAUGAUGAUCUGCCUGAUGAGAACUGGACACUACCAGAUCCACACCCUUCUGCUGUGAAAGCAACAUCAGUUGAUAAUCAUGAUGUUGAUUAUCACAGGUUAGUAAAUUCAGUAGAGAGGCACACCAGAUGCAGUCCAGCGUAUUGCCUGAAAAAGAAGAGGGUUGACCUGCCUGCAGAGUGCAGAUUUGGGUUCCCAAAACCAUUACAAGAGGAGACUGCACUGAUUUAUGAGGUUCGAGGUAAGAAAAAUAAAUCUGUACACUCAGAGUUGCAAACCAAGAGAAAUGAUGAGAGGCUGAAUUCACACAACAGGGUCAUGCUUGAGAAUUGGCGGGCCAAUGUGGAUUUGCAGGUAAUUGUAGAUGAAAAGGCAUGUGCAAGAUACAUGGCCAAGUAUGCAGCGAAAGGGGAACCACGAUCAAAAUCUGCUUCUGACAUACUGAAGUUGUCUGUAUCUUCAUUACAGAAUGAUGACCAAGUGUCUUCUGCAAUCAAGAAAGCAAUGAUUCAAGUUGCUGGUGAUAGGGACAUGGCUGCUCAGGAGACUGCCCAUAUGUUACUCAGUUUGCCUUUGGUAGGCUGUACGUAUAGUUUUGUUACUGUUUCUUUAGAAAACAGUAGAAAAGUGAUCCUUGAUGCAGAAAAUCCACAAGAGGAAGUACUUCAGAAUUCUGUUCUUCAAGAUUAUGGAGAGCGGACAAAAGUGGAGAGUAGGUAUAGGGGGUUAUCUCAGUUGAAUUUGAUGCAGUAUGCAUCUCAGUUCACAAGAGUCAGAGGUGAGUUGACAAAACGAGUGAAUCCUUAUAUUGUCAGGACAUUUCCAAAGCUUACAGCCAAUCCUGGCAGCCCUACCUUUGGAAAAUACUGCAAGUAUCAACUCAUUAAGUUUAAACCAUGGGAAGAUAAGUCAUCAAAUGCAUGGGACAAUAUGGAGGAAACUGAUGAUAUGUUUAUUAACACAUAUGCUUCAUUUCUUCAGACAGAUUUUGCUAGAGACAAUGUAUUUGGGUAUUCUAUUGAAACAGAGAUGGUCCAUGCUGCACAGACAGAUGAAACAUAUGGAACUGAUGAAAGUAGUGAUGAAAGCGAUGACGAACAGGAUCAACCUAAUGAGGAAGAGCAAAUUGAGGAUUGGAUGUUGUUAUGUAGACUCAACCAACAUUAUGAGGAUGCAGGAGAUCAAAUGGCAAAUAACGAGGCAGUGGAUUGGUUCGAAGCAGCAAGAGGUGUGCCUGGGGAUUUGUUGAGAGAAUCUGCUGGGUGGAUUUCUAAACAGAGAAAGGAUGCAGAGGAGCAAGGUAUGCAGUAUCAAACAGGUGACCAACAAGUGGUGGUUGACCCAGGGACCUUGAAUGACAAACAGCGACUGGCAUUUGACAUUAUCACUGCAUCCAUGGCUAAUGAUGAAUGUGAACCACUACAUAUGAUUGUAAGUGGUACUGCUGGCACAGCUCAACUUCCGAUUCGGGAAUACAGAGAAUUACAGGGCGAUUCCUUACAGAGAUUGCAGCUCAGAUUGGAAGGUAAGAGGUUUCUUUAUUGA